GCUCACUCAGCUUCUCUUCCCCAGCUGUGAUAGUGCUGGAGCCUCUGGGACGCCUGGACCAUGGACCCCGGGGAAUGCACCUGCAUGUCUGGAGGAAUCUGCGUCUGCGGAGACAACUGCAAAUGUACAACUUGCAACUGUAAAACAUGCCGGAAAAGCUGCUGUCCUUGCUGCCCCCCGGGCUGCGCCAAGUGUGCCCGGGGCUGCAUCUGCAAAGGGGGCUCGGACAAGUGCAGCUGCUGCCCCUGAAACACAUCCGUUGUGCUGAGGGCCAAGGCCCGGCAGGCGUCUGUACAGUGCCUUAGUCGAGAAGUUGGAAUUAUUGUACAAUAGGUUAUGCUUUUUAUAUAUUUGCUCAGAUGCGGUGUGGGUGACCUUCAUGGAAAGGGCUUGAAAAAUAAAGGUUUCGCUCGUG